AUGAAGCUCCUUGGCCUCCUGUCCGGGCUCGUUGUUGUAGCCACGGCCCUUCCGCAGGCAGACUUUGAUCUCCAGUCAAGCCUGCUCACCGACCCAACGAAGGUGGCCGGCACAACUUUUGACUAUAUCAUUGCUGGUGGAGGUUUGACUGGCCUGACUGUCGCGGCGCGUCUCACGGAGAACCCGAACAUCACAGUUCUCGUCAUCGAGAGAGGCUUCUACGAAUCGAACAUCGGUCCUAUCAUUGAAAACCUCAAUCACUAUGGUGAUAUCUUCGGCACUUCCGUCGAUCAAGCCUUCGAAACGAUCCCGCUUGCCAUUCACAACCGCACCGAGAUUGUUAGAUCAGGCAAAGGACUGGGAGGGUCAACCUUGGUGAACGGAGGUUCCUGGACACGCCCACACAAGGCACAGGUUGAUUCCUGGGAAAGUGUGUUUGGAAUGGAAGGGUGGAACUGGGACAGCCUACUCCCCUACAUGAAGAAAAUCGAGGCCGCCCGUGCACCAAACGCUGAGCAGAUUGCUGCUGGACAUUACUAUGAUCCUUCCUGCCACGGCACAGAUGGCAUUGUUCACGUCGGUCCCCGAGACACUGGAGAGAGCUUCUCGCCCAUGAUCAAAAGUCUCAUGAAAAAUGCGAAUAACUCUGGUAUUCCCGUUCAGAAGGACCUAGGCUGUGGCGUCCCUCACGGUAUCUCAAUGAUUCUCAACGAUGUGCAUGAGGAUCAGACUCGCUCAGACGCUGCCCGAGAGUGGCUGCUGCCAAACUACCAGCGCUCGAAUCUGAAGAUCUUGACUGGUCAAAUGGUCGGAAAGGUUUUAUUCGAUACCACCACCACCACCCCGAAAGCUGUUGGAGUCAACUUUGGCACCCAUGCAAAGGUCAACUUUGAUGUCCAUGCUCGUCAUGAGGUACUUCUGGCCUCUGGAUCCGCUGUCUCCCCUCAAAUCCUGGAGCAUUCUGGUGUUGGCUUGAAGGCUGUCCUCGACAACGUCGGCGUUGAACAGCUUGUUGAUCUGCCCGUUGGUCUCAACCUCCAAGAUCAAACUACUACAACUGUCCGCUCUAACAUCAACUCGAUUGGUGCGGGCCAGGGCCAGGCUGCUUACUUUGCCACCUUCAAUGAAACCUUUGGUGAUCAGGCACCUCGCGCUCACCAACUGCUAAACACCAAACUGGAAGAGUGGGCCAAGGACGUUGUCUCCCGGGGCGGCUUCCACAACGAGACCGCGCUCCUGGUACAAUAUGAAAAUUACCGCGACUGGCUUGUUAAUGAAGACGUGUCUUUUGCCGAAAUUUUCAUUGAUACCGCUGGCAAGCUAAACCUUGACUUGUGGGACCUGAUUCCUUUCACCCGAGGAUAUGUCCACAUCCUGGAUAGUGACCCCUAUCUUCGUCGCUUUGCAUAUGACCCUCAGUUCUUCUUGAAUGAGCUUGAUGUACUUGGUCAGGCAGCGGCCUCCAAGCUGGCUCGUGAGAUUUCCAAUACCGGUGAAAUGACACAGUAUUUCAACGGCGAGGCCAUCCCCGGAAACAACCUAGCUUACAACGCUACUCUCGACGACUGGGUCGACCAUGUGAAACAGAAUUUCCGUGCCAACUACCAUGGUGUUGGCACAUGUUCUAUGAUGUCGAAAGAACUUGGUGGUGUCGUGGACGCUGCUGCUCGUGUCUAUGGUGUUGAAAGUCUGCGUGUAAUUGACGGCUCAAUUCCUCCUACUCAAUUAUCGUCUCAUGUUAUGACCGUCUUUUACGGCAUGGCACAGAAGGUCUCGGAAGCCAUCCUCGCCGACUAUAAUGCUACCGUGAAUUGA